AAUUGUGCUUUAAAAAUGCUGCCGAUCGAUCCAACCAAUGAGACCGCCUUCUCGUUUGUUGUAUUUGGCGCGUCUGGUCGUUUGGCGCUAAGCAAAAUCUUUCCGGCACUCUGGCAACUCUAUCGCGAUAAUCGAUUGCCACAAGGGACUAAAAUUUUUACCUUUUGUAGAACUAAAUUGGAAGUGGCCAAGUAUCGUCUUAAAUGUGUGCCAUAUAUGAAUUUGGACAGGGAUCGUGAUCCCGUGAAGUACAAUAGCUUUUGGACAAAUGUACACUGUUGCCAGGGAUCCUACGAUAAUCCCCAGGAUUUUGUAGAUCUUAAGGAAUCGAUGGUUCGACAGGAGAUUAAGCAUAACAUGACCUUGGCCAAUCGUAUAUUCUACCUUGCAGUGCCGCCGGUGGUAUUUGAUAAUGUUACCUUGAAUAUCAGUCGGAAAUGCUUAUCGAUUACGGGCUGGAAUCGGGUGAUAGUCGAGAAACCCUUUGCCAGAAAUGAGCUGACGUACAAACCUUAUCAGACACAACUGUGUCAGACGUUCAAGGAGUCACAGAUCUAUAUGAUAGAUCAUUAUUUGAGCAAAAGGAUCAUACAAAAUUUCUUUGUCUUGCGUUUUACGAAUCUGAUUUGGUCGGAAACCUGGAACAGCAAGCACAUUGCAGCGAUCAUGAUCAGUAUCAAGUGUGAGAAACCCGUGCAGGCUCGUGCCGAUUACUUCAAUCAAUUUGGCAUCAUACGGGAUGUGAUGACCAAUGACAUGAUGCAGAUACUCACAAUGCUUACCAUAGAACAGCCCUACUCCAACUUUGUUGAAGAUAUGAGAGAUGAAAAAAUGAAGGUCCUUAAGCAGACUCUUACGCUCGAUAUGAGUGAUCUUGUAUUGGGACAAUACUGCAACAAUGGCAUGGAGACGGAUCCCACCAAGGUGGGCUAUACCCAGCACUCCUAUAUACCCAAGGACUCCCUGACGCCCACCUUUGCCAUGGCCGUGCUGAGAAUCAAUAACAAACGCUGGACAGGUGUUCCGUUCAUAUUGCGGGUGGGCAAGGCCCUCAAUGAAAGCAAGACGGAAGUCCGAGUUCAGUACAAAUCCAUGGACUGUGAUCGCAGUCACAAAAGUAAGAGUAUACCCAAUGAACUGGUAUUGCGUUUAUCUCUACGAGAGGAGCUCUUCAUGCGCAUGAUGCUCAAGCAACCCGGUCAGGAUGACCUCUGUCUGCGCCAAACGGAGCUGAACUUAAUGCUGCGGGAAAGAAGUCCGGUUAUUGACAAUUACCAGAGUUUACUUCUCGAUAUUUUUGCUGGCAAUCAAAUGCUUUUCAUGCGCACCGAUGAACAGUGUGAAAUUUGGCGUAUUUUCUCGCCAGCUCUUUCCUACAUCGAUGUGGAGCGCCCAAAGCCCAUACUCUAUGAUUUUGGCUCAAGAGGCCCCAUGGCUGCAUACGAGAUGGCAGCUAGAAAUGGAUUUAAAUUCUAUCAAUCAGACGACUUUCAUGCAAAUCUGAGCCCCACCAACGAUAUAAACGACACCCCAAGUCGAACACAACAGGCAACACCAACCUGGAUGUUGGCCAAGACAAAGAGUACAGAGUAGAAUUUGAGUUUUAAGUUGUAGUUGUGCAAUGUGUCAUAAAUUAGUUCAUGACUACGAAAUUUAAUAAGCAGCAAACCAAAAGUUUUUUAA